UGCAAAGCAGCAACACACCCUGGAAGUGAACCAGUCGCAACACAUUCGCCUAACAUUACCUGCUGCUGACGUUUUCAGAAAACACGUUGUCAGUUCUGACAGAUUCAUCACCGGAGCAAGAUGGAAACCAUGAACUGAGUUAUCUUUUUUUUCCCCUUCUUUUCUCCUCAGCAUGGAUUGAUGUCACUCUGUGAAAGGCUGCAAUGGAUACACUGCCAGUAGGUUGGACAGUGCACACCUGUGACCAGGAGGUAUACGGGGCAGGACUGCUGAAAGGAGCAGCUGAUAACAACACAAACACACAUGUCCAUGAUCUGUUCCAUGAGGAUGCACAGGGCCUCCGGCAGUCUAGCCAGCCAUGGUGGAGGAUCAAACUGUUUGUGUGGGAGCCGGUACUCUUCGGUACCUGGGAUGGCGUCUUCACCACAUGCAUGAUCAACAUAUUUGGUGUGGUUUUGUUCCUACGCACAGGCUACUUGGUGGGGAACACGGGUGUGCUGCUCGGGAUGCUCCUUGUCUCCAUGGUUGUGCUGGUUGCUUUAGUAACAGUGAUGUCAGGGAUAGGAGUGUGUGAGCACUGUGGUGUUGGGAGUGGAGGAAUCUACUCCAUGAUCUCCACUGUGCUGGGCGGCAGGGUUGGGGGCACUGUGGGCCUCCUCUAUGUGUUUGGACAGUGCGUGGCUGGGGCCAUGUACAUCACAGGCUUCUCUGAGUCAGUGGCAGAGCUGCUGGGUCUACAGAGCCAGUGGGCGGUGCGCGGCAUGUCGGCGGCAGUGCUGCUGGCCCUGCUCGGAAUCAACCUGGCUGGUGUCAAGUGGAUUGUCCGACUCCAGCUGCUGCUGCUGGCUGUGCUGGCUGUCUCCACGCUGGACUUUGUCAUUGGCACCUUUACACAUCUUGACCCAGAGCACGGUUUCAUUGGUUAUUCACCUGGUCUGCUCAGCAGCAACGUGAUGCCAGAUUACAGCCCGGGGGAAAACUUCUUCACUGUCUUUGGGGUCUUCUUCCCUGCUGCUACAGGGGUUAUGGCAGGCUUCAACAUGAGCUCAGACCUUCAGCGGCCUGAACACAACAUCCCUGUGGGAACUCUGGCAGCUGUCUUCACCUCGUGGUUCCUGUAUCUGGUCUUUGUCUUCCUCCUGGGGGCCAUCUGCACCAGAGAAGCACUGCGCUAUGACUUCUUAAUAGCAGAAAAGGUCUCCUUGGUGGGUUUCCUGUUUCUGCUGGGCCUCUACAUCUCCUCCCUCGCUUCCUGCAUGGGCGGCCUGUAUGGAGCACCCAGGAUCCUCCAGUGCAUCGCCCAAGAGAGGGUCAUCCCCGCUCUGGCCUUCCUGGGAAAAGGGAAAGGCCCAAACAGGACUCCGGUGGCAGCGAUCUGUCUGACCAGCCUGCUGACCAUGGCCUUCAUUUUCAUCGGCAAGGUCAACGUUCUGGCCCCCAUCGUCAGCAUCAACUUCAUGCUCACCUACAGCUUUAUCGACUACUCCUACUUCAGCGUGGCCAUGACCUUCCAGCUACAGACUAAAGAGAGCAGGGAUGUCUUCAUCCUGACCAGAAGCAACCAGCGGAGGUCCACCAGGCAGGGCUCCAGGCCUCUGAUUGAGGCCACUCUCCCAAACUACGGGAGUGGAGGCGAGAGUCCACAGAUUAAAGGCACUCUGUUGGAGUUCACCAAGGACAUGGAUCAGAUCUUUCCCUCCGUCCAAAAUGGAGAUGCUGGAGCUGAGAAGACUUCCGCCAUGCAAGAGCUGAGCAGCAGAUGCAAGAACAGAAAGGUUACUGCGAAGCAGAAACUGAUGGAUAGCUUUGGCUUGGAUCUGAACAGAAAUAUGUUUUCAGAAGAGAAAGAAGAGGAGAUCAGUUCAACUCAACCACAGGAGGAAGCUGAGAUGCGAUGUGGGAGCGGGGAGCCCAGGACCAGGGAAGAGCCACAAACAAAAACCUGCCAUGCUGAGCAAGAGCCAUCUUUUGGGCCUCAGAGUCACAGCACAGGUGCUGGAGGUAAAGCGGGGCAUCAGAGCUUUGAAAUCAAACCCAUGGCAGAUUCAUACUAUGCAAAGUUCUGCAACCACUGGGUCGCUCUUAUAGGUGCUUUGAGCUCCAUAUUGAUCAUGUUUGUUAUUCAGUGGGUUUACGCCUUAGCAAACAUAGUCAUUGCCUUGCUGCUUUUCUUCUACAUCGGGAAAACCAGUCCUGGACUACCCAUAGGUAUUGCAGCUCGAUUCAGCUUUUUCACAUGGCUCAAAUCAACAUUAAGUGGCAUUUGCAGGGGAAAAGGAUCUCCCCGGGAUGAGAUCGUAGUGACACCCUCUCUGUCCGGGGUCGGCCUGAAAACCAAGCAGCUGACGGAGGAAAAUGCUGACUUUGCCUCUCGUCACCGCUAUCACCAAUCCUCAUUCAUCAGGACAGACGAAAUGGUGCAACCGUCACUCCACUGACUGACAUAAACACUUCUGCCGCUACAGUACAUGUGAAUGUUCACAGCCUGAAACCAUUUUCUGCCUCAAACAAUGUCUCGUGUCACUCUGAUCAACCACAUUCUGCACACAUUUUCUAUUUCAGAGAGACCUACAGUGGCUCAUUUUCUUGUGGUGGUCAAAGGAAAUAUGAGCUAAGUUUUUUCUUGAGUUGCACAAAGUGUGUACGUGUGUGUCUGUGUGUGUGUGUGUGUGUGAGAGAGAGAGAGAGAGAGAGAUGUCUUUAGACUGAAUGUAGCUGUAGUUGGCAGGGCUCUGUCUUCCAUAACAGUAAACUGAAUUAAAACUAAAAAAAAUAAUUUAUUUUGUCUUCAUAUACUCAAUGGAUUUAACUCUGACUGAUGGAAUUAUCAGUCUUCUCUGUUAAAAGUUAUUGUUGUCAGUUAACUGUACUGUUGUGUGCAGCCACCACUGUGCUCAUGUGGCAUAAAUAUUGUAUGUGUAACACAAAGGUUUCAUUUAAAUGCGUAUGUUAACUUCUGUAUGUGUUCAGUUCAUUGUUCAUUGAAUACUAUUGCCACGGUUGUUGUUGUUCUGCUUUUCUUGGUUAUUAAACUUCAGAGGUGACGCAGGAGGUGUUCUCUUGCAGACAGAA